UGUCUUAUCUGGGUCACUAUCGCCCUCACUUUAAUUCAGUUUAGAUUGUUAUCAUUGCCAUCAGUUCGCGCUGUAAAUGGCCAGGGUGCGGAUCACGAUGACAGUGUUAUUUUAAUCGAGGCAUGGACUGAUUCCCACAAUGACCGCUCGUGGUCCUGACAACAUGGCAUACAACUGUGGUGUAUUGCCACCUUUAGUUGUGCUCGUGGCGCUUUUCUUGUACUUUUAUCUGGACGCACGUGUUCCGGAGCCCAUACCAGAGAAGUUAAAGGUCAAAGUGAUGGACGCAAUGAUGAAAACUUACGGUCACACGGUAAACGUUUUAGUUUACAUGCGAAUCACGGAACCAUUUUCAGAUCUUGUCAGAAAGAUCGCUGAUUGGUUUGUGCUUACCAUGGUAACUGGAUUUCCUUGGGGACUUGGACCAUAUGACCCCAGAGUCAAGAUAACUGACACACGUUUACGAGACGUUCGGGUGAAGAUAUAUGAGCCGGUCAGUGGACUGGGGAAAACUGACCGAUCUGUCCUCAUCUACCUCCACGGAGGGGGGUGGAGUCUUUUAUCUGUCGAUUCGUAUGACCCCUUGAUGAGAAAAAUAUCACGUGAAAGCGGCGUAGUUGUAAUAUCAGUAAAUUACAGAUUAAGUCCGCAGUUCCCUUUUCCCAUCCCGCUUAAUGAUUGCCACGAAGUCGUAGAGUAUGUCGUAGAAAAUAGCGAAACCAUGGGGAUAGAUAAAAGCCGCAUUGCCAUUGGAGGUGACAGUGCUGGCGGAAAUAUGGCUGCCGCCAUCUCUCUGCGAAUGAAAUCUAAAAUUGCAAUGCAAAUGUUACUUGUUCCAUCUCUUCAGUUUGUGAAUUUUAAUACUACUGCUUUCAAUGAAAAUACAAUGUAUCUCAAUCGUAGCAUACAUGACCCGAAUUCAUUGAUGUUUGUCAUAAACUACCUUGGUCUAGAGCCGAAAUACGUAAGCUACCUCAGAUAUAACAACCACACAUCUCCCUCAUUCAAACAAUCACUUCAAAAUGAAUAUGCUGAUCAGACACUUUGGCUUCCAAAACGGUAUGUGCGAGACGAAGUUUUACGUGAAAACAUGGAACAGCCGAUGGAUACUGGUGAUGAAAAACUGUUUCAAAGGAUAAAGAACAAAAUAUUAGAUCCUUUAGUUUCACCAUUGCUGGCAGAUGAUGACCACCUUGAAAAUUUACCAUACACAUACAUUAUGGUUUGUGGGUAUGAUUUUGUGAGAGACGAUGGUAUUAUGUUUUACGAGCGACUUAGUCAAAUUGAGGAAGAAGCACACCUUGCCUACUACCCCGAGGCUUUUCAUAAUGCUUUGUUUUUCCCACAUGGACCCUUAAAACUCAAUGUCGCCGUGCGGAUUGUUGAUGAUAUUGUUAAAACGUUGAAAAACGUUCUUUGAAUAUAUUUAUGUAUACACAAAUAUGACCUCACCUCAUUUAAUUAUUUCAUGAUGUCAUAAUAUUUAUUUAUUGAGAGGGUGAUGUUGAAU